AUAAAUCAACGGAAAUUUGCGCUAAACAAGUCAAAAGACAAAUUUUUCCAAUUUUACCACUAAAAACGCUUAAAUUUACCUUUCUGAACACAUUAAAACCACUAUUUUUACAUUGCUGAGCAACAAAACUAUCAAAAAAAUGUCACAGACAGCCACAAAAAAUGCAAUUACCUUGAAAGGUUCCGCCGCAAUCAUCUCCGAAUACUUGAAAUAUGGCAUUAAUUCCAUCUUAUUUCAACGCGGCAUUUAUCCAGGAGAGAGUUUCACGAACGAACAGAACUACGGACUCACAAUUCUGAUGUCAACUGAUCCGAAAAUUAAGGAUUACUUGAAUCAGGUUCUUAGUCAACUGGAAGAUUGGCUCAGAAACGAUCAAGUUGAACAAAUUUCGAUGAUAAUCAAAGAUGUUGCCCAUGACGAAAUUGUCGAAUGUUGGGACUUCAAAGUUACACCGGAAAAAGUCUUGGAAGAAGCGAAAGAUGUCAAAAAAGUCACUUCCGAUAAAGAUUUGAAAAAAAUUCAAGCGGAAAUCCGGGAUGUUAUGCGACAAAUCGCUGCCACAGUCUCAUAUUUGCCACUUUUGGACUGUACUUGCUCGUUCGACGUGUUGAUUCACACAAAAGAGCUCAUCGACAUGCCUUCGGAAUGGAGCGAAGCUAAAGCCGCCGAAAUCAAAGACAAACAAGUUGUGUCCCUAAAAUCUUUUUCCACGGGUCUACAGAAAAUGGACACUGUCGUCAGUUAUAAAAUGAUGGACUAGAUUUUUUUCCGUCAGUUUUUUUUUUUGUAAAUUAUCGUUAAAAUUAUUCGUCAGUGCUGUGAAAAAAAAAAUACGAAAAAAAUGUCAGAAUCAUCAGUUUAUUUGUUACUUUUUUGCUGUUUCAUCAUCAAAUAUUUUUCUCAUACAAAAAUUAAUUU